GCUGCUUCGGGUGGAUGGGCUCGAAGCCACCAGCCUCGUCCUAACCUUGUGCUUUUCUCCCCCCUGCCAUCUCACCCUUCACAGUCCUCCCCACUUCACUCAGACACUCGUGUUACGAAAUUCUGCCUCUUUCUCCUCAGUCCUCCCCUCGUGUUGGCCUUCUCCCUCCCCGAGAGAGAGUUCUACACACAGGGUCGCGGCUUCACACUUCGGCUUGAAGGCAUGGCUUGCGUCGCGGAUGUCAGCCGCGCUGCGGUUUCUGGGUGCGUUGCCGGCAGCAGCGCUGCCCGUGGCAAUGCCGCGCCCAGCGUGAGGGUGGCGGUUCUGAGCCCGUCGUCGUUCGUGGGGCAAGUGGUGAUGGGAGGCGCCGCGGAGGCCAAGGGCAGGAAGGGCGCGUCGACAUUGGUGGUGCGCGCUGCUCGUGAGAAGUACGAGAGGACGAAGCCCCAUGUGAACAUCGGCACCAUCGGGCACGUCGACCACGGGAAGACGACCCUGACGGCCGCGCUGACGAUGGCGCUGGCCGCUGCGGGAGGCGGUGUGGCGAAGAAGUACGACGAGAUCGAUGCCGCGCCGGAGGAGCGCGCUCGUGGAAUCACCAUCAACACGGCGACGGUGGAGUACGAGACGGAGAGCAGGCACUACGCUCACGUGGAUUGCCCCGGGCACGCGGAUUACGUGAAGAACAUGAUUACGGGAGCGGCGCAGAUGGACGGAGCCAUCUUGGUGGUGUCGGGCGCGGACGGGCCGAUGCCCCAGACGAAGGAGCACAUCCUGCUUGCGAAGCAAGUGGGCGUGCCGAACAUGGUGGUGUUCAUGAACAAGCAAGACCAGGUGGAUGACGAGGAGCUGUUGGAACUGGUGGAGAUGGAGAUUCGGGAGCUGCUGACCUCGUACGAGUUCCCCGGAAACGACAUCCCAAUCGUGUCGGGAUCGGCGCUGCUGGCGCUGGAGGCGCUGAUGAAGCCGGAGAACAAGAACAUCAAGAGGGGCGACGACAAGUGGGUGGACAAAAUCUUCGAGCUGAUGGACAACGUGGACCAGUACAUCCCGGUGCCGCAGAGGAUGACGGAGCUGCCGUUUUUGAUGGCGAUCGAGGACGUGUUUUCGAUCACGGGGCGUGGAACGGUGGCGACGGGGCGUGUGGAGAGGGGCGUGGUGAAGCUGGGAGACGUGGUGGAGAUCGUGGGGCUGCGGGAGACGAGGAGCACGACGGUGACGGGUCUGGAGAUGUUCCAGAAGCUGCUGGACGAGGCGAUGGCGGGCGACAACGUGGGGGUGUUGCUGCGAGGUAUCCAGAAGGUGGACAUCCAGAGGGGGAUGGUGCUGGCGAAGCCGGGGACGAUCAAGGGGCACAAGACGUUCGAGGCGUCGGUGUACGUGCUGAAGAAGGAGGAGGGCGGGCGACACUCGCCAUUCUUCAAGGGCUACAAGCCGCAGUUCUACAUGAGGACGACGGACUGCACGGGAGGAAUUCUGAGCAUCCAGACGGACCAGGGCGAGGAGGCGAACAUGGUGGUGCCGGGAGACAGGGUGAAGCUGACGAUCGAGCUGAUCAACGAGGUGGCGUGCGAGGAGAAGAUGAGGUUCGCCAUCCGGGAGGGAGGCAAGACGGUGGGCGCGGGAGUGAUAUCGAAGAUCAUGACGUAGAUGGUGGGGUGAGGGUGAGGGUGGUGAGGGUAGGGGGCUGGUUAGAGUGUGUGUGAUAGGACAUUGGAGGAUGAGUCUGGCAGCGGGGGGAGUGUAGAGGCCCGUCGGUGCGGUGCGGAAGGCUCAGACGAGUAGGGAGUGAAGAGAAGAAGGUAGAGGAGUAGGGAAACGCAGCCACUGGUAUGGGCAGUGGAUAUCUUUGUGGGACUGGAUGAAUGGAACCAGUAAUUUUUUUGCAA